AAAACUUGAUAAAGAAAUUUUGAUAGAAAAAGAAGUACAAAAAAAUGGGUGAUUCUGGAUCGAUGAGUAUUGUGAUGUAUCCGUGGCUAGCCUUUGGCCACAUGACUCCUUUUCUUCACCUCUCCAACAAGCUCGCAGAGAAAGGUCACAAGAUCGUUUUCUUGCUCCCCAAGAAAGCCCUAAGCCAGCUCGAACCUUUUAAUCUCUACCCAAAUCUCAUAACUUUUCACACCAUCUCCAUCCCUCAGGUCAAAGGGCUCCCUCUCGGUGCAGAGACAAACUCCGACGUCCCCUUUUUCUUGACCCAUUUGCUUGCAGUUGCAAUGAACCAAACCCAACCAGAGGUCGAUACUAUUCUCCGUACAAUCAAACCCAACUUGGUUUUUUACGAUUCCGCCUAUUGGAUACCGGAAAUUGCUAAACCGGUCGGUGCUAAAACGGUUUGCUACAACAUUGUGAGCGCUGCUUCGAUCGCGUUGUCUCUUGUCCCUGCCGCCGAGCGUGAGCUCACUGAUGGGAAGGAAAUAUCUUUGGAGGAGUUGGCUAGGUCACCUCUAGGUUAUCCAUCUUCAAAAGUCAUCUUGCUUGCGCACGAAGCAAAAAACCUAAGGUUCGUGUGGAAGAGGCACGAGGAGAUUGGUUCGUUUUUCGAUGGGAAAGUUACAGCGAUGAGAAACUGCGACGCAAUCGCUAUAAGGACUUGCCGUGAGACAGAAGGCAAAUUCUGCGAUUACAUCGCUAGCCAAUACAGCAAACCGGUUUACUUAACCGGACCUGUUCUCCCUGGAUCCAAACUGAAUCAGGCCUCGUUAGAGCCUCGAUGGGCGGAUUGGUUAGCAAAAUUCAACCCCGGUUCGGUUGUUUUCUGCGCUUUUGGUAGCCAACCCGUUGUAGACAAGAUAGAUCAGUUUCAAGAACUCUGUUUAGGGCUUGAAUCAACCGGUUUACCGUUUCUUGUAGCGAUCAAGCCUCCUUCUGGUGUACAAACCGUCGAGGAAGCGUUACCGGAAGGGUUCGAAGAGAGGGUUAAAGGACGUGGCAUUGUGUACGGAGGUUGGAUUCAGCAACCCUUGGUGUUGAACCAUCCAUCAGUAGGAUGUUUCGUUAGCCAUUGCGGGUUUGGAUCGAUGUGGGAGUCUUUGAUGAGUGAUUGUCAGGUCGUUUUGGUGCCGCAGCACGGUGAGCAGAUAUUGAACGCGAGGCUUAUGACGAAAGAGAUGGAGGUGGCGGUGGAGGUUGAGAGGGAAGAGAAUGGUUGGUUCUCGCGGCGGAGCUUGGAGGUUGCUGUGAAGAGUGUGAUGGAGGAAGGUAGUGAGGUUGGUGAGAAAGUGAGGAAGAAUCAUGAGAAGUGGAGAUGUGUUUUGAGUGACUCUGGUUUUGCUGAUGGUUAUAUUGAUAAGUUUGAACAGAACUUGAUUAAUCUUGUGAAAUCAUGAUUCAUGAAUGAUUGUAUAUUUGGAUUUGGGUUGGUUCAAUUCGGUUUGGUUUGGUUUAAUUCAAAUUUUGAUUUGGAUUGAGAUAGAUUGUUAAGCACACUGCAUGCUCUUGCACAUGCAA